AGAAAAAGAGAAAUGUUCUAAUAUAAUCCGAUCGGAUGUAGCCUUAGCAUCCGAAAACCCGUACGAUGUAUUGUGAACGAAGUUUAGACAGAGCACGAUCAAAACAACAAAUAAUUUGGGGCCAAAAGAAAGAACAGAUUAUGUUAUGCUAUAACCACGUUAUCAUCGCUCCAUUUGAUCGCACAGAACCUGCAAAUGACCCUAGAACACACGAGGGAAGAAGAAAUACCAAUGAAACCAAAAAGAUCGGACCCUGAUCUUUUGAGAGCCAAAAGAUGAUGCCACCAUCACCCGAACCGAAACCGAAUCGUCGAAAAACACGCGAGUGUUGACCGUAUUCAGUUCGUGUGACCGCACACGCUACCGCACACGAAAAAGCUACAGAUUUUUCAGUUGUCCCACAAAAAGGAACCAUGUCAUGAGCAGAGAAGGACCAGAAGUUUCUCCUCUUCCGCACUGUCUGGUGUCUGCACCAUAAACAAAUACAGUUGCCGCCUCUUCUCCGAGAGUGAAAUCAGGAAUGAACAUGUCACAUCACACCCCAAAGCCAAAGCCAGAUGGAAUGAAAGCAGCUUUAUUGUGAUUCAGCCAAGAUUCUCCACCAACUUUAUUACUCCCACACUCAAAAUAAAGCUCCACUAUCAGUUCAUUGCCCUACAAGGCCCUUUAAAAAGCUAAUCAGAAAAGCCAAUCUUGCAUAAAUCUGGACAAACCCAUUUGCCAAAAUCAUCUUCUUUCGGUAUCAUUUUUCACUCUGGUAUGUCUUUCACUUUUCCUAGCGUAGCAGCUAUGAGAAAUCCUAAGAAGACGACGCUGCUUCCUCUGUUUCCCUCAAUUCUGCUCCUGUGUCUCGCUCUUUCACGUCUCUCCCUGGCGCAACAAGGACAACCCAUCAAGACGAUCGUGGUACUGGUGCUGGAGAACAGGUCCUUCGAUCACAUGCUCGGAUGGAUGAAAAGAACCAUCAAUCCUAAUAUCAAUGGCGUCACCGGGCACGAGUGCAAUCCGGUCUCGACCAACAAAACUGACCCGGAAAGGAUCUGCUUCACGGACGACGCCGAGUUCGUCGAUCCCGAUCCGGGCCACUCGUUCGAAGCCGUGCAGCAACAGGUGUUUGGGUCCGGCACAAUUCCCACCAUGACAGGCUUUGUGGAGCAAGCCCUGACCAUGUCGCAGAACCUCUCGGAAACUGUGAUGAAGGGGUUCAGGCCUGAGUCUGUGCCUGUUUAUGCCUCUCUGGUGAGCGAAUUUGCGGUGUUCGAUCGGUGGUUCUCGUCGAUUCCUGGCCCAACCCAGCCCAACAGGCUCUUUGUCUACUCCGCCACUUCUCAUGGCUCCACCAGCAAUGUGAAGAAACUACUUGCCAAAGGGUUUCCUCAAAAGACCAUCUUUGAUUCUCUCCACGAGAAUGGCAUGAACUUUGGGAUUUAUUACCAAAAUAUACCCAACACGCUGUUCUAUAGGAACUUAAGGAAAUUGAAGUAUAUCUUCAAGUUUCAUCAGUAUGAUCUGAAGUUCAAGAAAGAUGCUAGAAAUGGGAAGUUGCCUAGCCUGACCGUCAUCGAGCCUCGGUACUUCGAUCUCAAGGGUAUGCCGGCUAAUGAUGAUCACCCUUCUCAUGAUGUGGCCAAUGGCCAAAAGCUUAUCAAGAAAGUCUACGAGACACUAAGAGGAAGCCCUCAGUGGAAUGAGACACUCUUGAUCAUCACCUAUGAUGAGCAUGGUGGAUUCUAUGACCAUGUCAAGACUCCAUAUAUCAAUGUGCCUAAUCCGGAUGGGAACACCGGCCCCGCUCCAUAUUUCUUCAAGUUCGACCGCCUCGGAGUACGGGUGCCCACGGUCAUGGUGUCUCCUUGGAUCAAAAAAGGAACGGUGAUAAGUGGUCCAAAGGGACCGGCUCCAAAUUCAGAGUUCGAGCAUUCUUCAAUUCCUGCAACGAUAAAGAAAAUUUUCAACCUCACCUCCAACUUCUUGACUCACAGAGAUGCAUGGGCUGGCACAUUUGAAGAGGUUGUAGGAGAAUUGACCUCCCCCAGAACUGACUGCCCAGAGACAUUGCCUGAUGUGACGCCUUUGAGGAGUUCGGAAGCAAAGGAAAACGGCAGGCUAUCUGAGUUUCAGAGUGAAGUUGUGCAGUUGGCGGCUGUUCUUAAUGGGGACCACUUCUUGAGCAGCUUCCCAGAUGAGAUAGGCAAGAAGAUGAGCGUAAAGGAGGCCAGUGGGUAUGUGAAUGGCGCCAUUUCUCGGUUCAUCAGAGCAAGCAAAGAGGCCAUCAAGUUGGGUGCGGAUGAGUCAGCCAUUGUUGAUAUGCGUUCAUCACUCACUACAAGGUCCUCUAUCCACAAUUAGAUAGAACUCUCGGGGAUGUUGAAAUAUUCGAUAGAACAGUCUAUAUAAGAAAAUUAGGUAUAUCUAUGCUUGGGGAAUCUGUAUAUCAGAAUGGUUUGGAAAGAAAGAUUAAAUAGGUUCGUUUUUCUAAAAUGGUUUUCCAUGCUAGAUGAUUAUCUACUUUAACUUGCCAUGGAAUAUAGGACGGCAACAACUGCUUCUCUGAAGUUGUUCUCUAAGUGGGAAUGAUGUGAAAUGGUAGACUAAUGCUUCAUGUCUUCAUAUCCACCUUCGGAAGUUCAUCCAGAAUUGGAGAAUCGGUUGAGCACUUGCGAGAUUUCAUGAAAAAUUGCAGAACCCUUUGAGGAUGCAAUCUGGAUUGCUCUAUGAUCUCCCAUCUGCAACUUAAAUCAUUUUCUAAGAGCACUUUUUCAAAAUUGUUACUCACCGCAUUUAGCAAGGUCAGGUGAACCAGGUCUGAGUUGCGGCAUUGGUUGCGCGGCUUUGCUUCACACUGGUGAAAAAUUGCCUAGCGCUUGGUUGUAGCAACUGAGGACACUCGGUGAUGAGACGAUGAAAGCCAAUGUUAAUUUGGUCAUCUGUCAACACCUUGAAUGGAUUUCUCAGGUAGCCAAAGACAAAGCAGGUUACGCAUCCAUGUGAAAGAGGAAACAAAAACCUCUGAAACUUGCACAGGCUUCUACUGUGUAUUUAUGUAUGACCUCAGUGCUUUUGUUUUGCUCGACCAAGUCAAAGGGGUUGGCAAACAGACCUUCACCAUGCAAAAUACCAUCUCUCAGUGUUAAUGUAUGUUGCCGCCAAGCUGCGAGAAUUAUCUUCCGGAGAAAGGUUAUCUUUCGACGAGUGCAAUUGCACACCGGACUCGUCCCGAAACUUUCGAGAAAUUCGCAGUAUGGUCCUCUGUUAUGGGAUAAAGCAGCGAUAAAAAACCGAAGCUUUGGACUUAGCUUCAUCAUCAUUUCUUUCCAUUUGCUUUGGGUUUUGGUGUUUGAAGUUGAACAAUCGACCACACUAUUGAAAUAUUAGUCAAUGUUCUUCAGCAAUGAAAGCCUUGGAAGCGGGAUUCGAACC